AUGUCGACAACACUUGUCAAGAGCGGGACCGCCGCCCAACAACCCGCGCCCAAGGCCGCCGUGCCCGCGAUUCCGCUCGUCAAUUCUCCUGCAGCUUUGCCCGCAUCAGUCGCUCAUCAGCUGUUGCUCGCUGGCCUGUUCUACUGGCGCUUCGAUGCCCUGGUGGCUGAUCCCGUUUCAACUCUUCAGACUGGUCUUCCGGUUGUUGCUGCCAUUCAGGCUGUCUAUCUUAUACUGAGUCUUCCACCAGCGGGAUCCUCGGGCUCUUCGAAGAGGCCUCGUCCUGGUGAGAAGAAGAAGUCGGAUGGACGGGAGGCAAAGGCUAUUCCUACCGCCGUUAUCUCAUUGCUCCUAGCUCUAAUCCUGACGCCGGUUCUUCAUCUCCUCCUUGUCCUCUUCGGCGCGCCAUUCCUGACACACGUUCCUCAUACAUUCUUGUGCUGUGCACAUAUCGCCGUCCUCGCGAUUUAUCCUGUCUUCUACGUUCGUGGUUCCGACCCCGUGCCUCUCCAGGCUGUGGUGGGUGUUUCAGCUCCUUUUGACCAGACAUUUGGCGGCUUUAUUGGAACAGUGGUUGGGGCUUGGCUUGGAGCUGUUCCCAUUCCUCUCGACUGGGAUCGCGAGUGGCAGAAGUGGCCCGUCACCAUUGUUGUCGGUGCUUACAUUGGAUAUAUCGUUGGAUCUCAGAUCUUGGGAACCGUUUUCUUUGGAAAGCGCUGGGAAGUCACUCCUGAAAUCAAGGAGGAAUAA